AUGGAUCAAGAGGAAAAGUUUGAAAUUGCACUGCUGGUGGGAGAAUUUAAAAGGGAUUAUAUGGAAAUAUUAUUGGAGGUCGAGUUAAAUAAAAGUAUUCUAAUUAAUGGAGAUUUACAAUACGAAGAUUUCGAUAUGGAUAAUGUAAAUUCUCUGUUUAUAACAAUUGCACUAUUGCCAAGUUAUAUGGAGAUUAGUGAAUUCGCGGAAAUUAUGGCAAAUAUUUUGGACUUGCGACGAAGUAAUCGUAUCAUUGUGAUAAUGGAAGGGAAACAAGGAGACGCUGCAGCCAGCAGCGAAAAUGUUGAAUUGCUGUUCCGCCACUUUAUCUACUAUAAAAUGUUAAAUGUCAUUGUUGUGAUGUUUGAUUUUUCGAUUACUCAGGUGCUCUAUACCUUCAGGAUAUAUCCAGAAUUUCUACUCGAAGUUAGAAAUUUUGACACAGUCCCCAAGUUAUUUCCCAGCAAAAUGGAUAAUGUUUAUGGUAGGGUCCUGAGAACAAUUCCCGAUCAAGUUAUGCCCAGAUCAGUAGUUUACAUAGAUGAAAAUGGCAACCUACAAGUAACCGGUUACAUUACACAAUUUAUUCGGAUGUUUGCAAAAUACAUUAAUUCUACUCUGAAAUUUCCCGAUGAUAUGAUCCCAGAUAAUACCCUAUUCUACAGAGAUUUUGUAAACUGGACUCAAAUGGAUCUGCUCGACUUGCCGUGUAGUAUAACACCUCUGACGAGUGAUGAAACUGUCCUGCGUAUGUCCUACACAUAUGAAGUAUUAAGUUGGUGCCUUAUGAUACCCGAAGAGGAGCCGCUUUCCUAUCAAGAUUUUCUCAAAGGUUUCUUAACCUUGCAGAUCCUUCUGGGUAUCUUUAUAAUGGAUGUGAUUUUUACAACAUUACUAACACUGUCACAGCAACUCAUGCACUACAAGCGUUAUCACACCUUCGAUGUGAAUUUGACAAAUAUUCUCAUAAAUCCCCAAGUUAUUUUGGCACAUUUGGGAUCCUCUUUCAAGUUGAACGCCUAUCCAGGAUUAUCUUUACGCAUCAUUUACAUAUCCUUAUUUAUCUCAGGCCUCCUCUACACCACGGCCUUUUCAGUACAACUGAAUGCAUUUCUCACGCGCCCCACAGUACAGAGCAUCACAAGCCUAGAUGAUAUGCUGAAAUAUAAACUCACAAUUUUGGCUGCAGAUAAUGAAUUUACCACCCUCAUGAAACUCUCAGGAAAUCAUUUUGUACCAUAUCUCUCAUUAUUCCAAGUUAUCGAUUCAUACAAAGAUUUUGCCGAUUUGCGUACCUCAUUCAAUCGCUCCUAUGCAUAUCCGGUCACCUCCUCCGUUUGGCAUGUCUACGACACACGACAGAAACUUUUCACCAAACCGAUGUUUCGUCGCACCGAUAUUUGCUUCAAAAGUCUCGAUCUAAUGGGAUUUGUUUUACCUCGUAAUUCUCUGUAUAAGCAAAAAUUGGAUAUUCUGAUAAUGCGCGUUUCCGAUAUGGGUCUCAUAAAUUAUUGGCUUAAAAAUAAUUUCUAUGAUUUGGUAAAAGUUGGUAAAUUCACUUUUGAUGAUUUAUCAUCAUCCGAAUACGUUACGUCCUACAUUAAAAUGGAAGAUUUCCAUUAUGUUGUAAUAAGUUUAAUGAAAGCAUUUAGUUUUAGUUUGGUUAUAUUCGUAAUGGAGCUGGAGUUGACAACAUCGGACGCAACUAUACUGAAGAAAGGAAAUCGCAGCAUUUACCUAGCUGUUUCACCACCAACGGCGGAACUACAGCGAUUG